UUUUGGCGUUUUGCUGCAACAAUGCAUCGUUUCAUGACACUGAAGAAGCUCCACAUCAAAAAUAUCAACACUGGAUCAACAGGAUUGCGUAAUUCAAGGACUUGUACAUUAUGCAAUCGAAUAUCUUCUCACUUACCGUUCACAGACUAUGUGGGUUCUUCAAGAAUACAUUCUACUUGGUUAAAUCCAGAGCAUGUAACCUUUGUCGCCAAUAAGAAAAAACGAAGAUACAAGCUAGGAAAUGUUGUUCUUACUCAUGCUGAUGGAAAAUCCAAACGAAAAACAAAAAUUACCCUGUUGGAUUCCAAGGAAACCGAAGAAGAAACCUCACUGGAUGUCCAGUCAUUUCUGACGAGCUCUCCCUCUUCUCCAGCAUUUUCCAUGUCCAAAUUGGGACGUGUGGGUAUCACAAUCAUGUUGCCUCCUAAUUCUACCAGGAACCUAAAUUUUCAAGAAUUAACUCCUGCUCCUAAUGAAGAGUUAUUAACAGUGCCAAAACGGAGUCCUACAUUGAGACCGACAUCGGCCCUUUCACAAGAAGUUUUAGACUUAAUAUUGAAAGGAAUUGCAAGAAAUAAGUUGUCAAUGCGAGAUUAUCCUUCACCAAGUGCUGAACUCAAUGCAAGAAGGAUGAUGAAUCCUGUUGAGAUCCCUGACAUAACUUCCGUUGGAUCAUGUUUGAAAACGGAGACCUCAAUGGCAUUAAAAGAUUUAAAGCCCAAUGAGUCAGUGGAAAAUGCUUCAUGUUUAGAAAGCACAUCACUGGAAGAAAUUCUAUCUCAGAUGAAAAAUAGUAAGAAGGAAAAGCUAACUGUUAAGAAACAAAUGUUGCUAAGAGGAAAUAUUACCAAACAAAAAAGAAUAUUCCGUAGAGCAGCAUACAUUGAUGUUUGCUUAAACUCUGGGAAAGUAAAGAAUGCCCUCCACUAUGCCACAAGAGGAUUGCAGUUCUUUCCAAAUGUUCCUUGCCGGAACAUUAUUUUGGAACCACUUUUCAGUCAUGCUGCUCAUGAGAAAAAUAUAGUGGCAGUCUCACAUGCCUUGAUUCUGGCCAACAAGUACAAUACCCCAUUGACUGCUUCCUCAUAUGUUGUUGUAUUUGAAAUGUUGGCUUCAAUGCCUGCGACGAAAGGGAACCUUGAAAUUGCUAGAAGUCUAGUUCAGAAUAUGAUGAAAGAAAAUGUGACAGUUGAUGAUCUAGUAGCAUGUUGUAAAGGUAGGGAAGUUCUAAUCCAGAAGGUUCUCAGAAGCAUUCAGUCUACAGGACUUCUGAGUACAAAGUACUCCAAACCUGGAGGUUCCAAGUACCCUGUUACAAAACUGUCUAGCUCCUACCAGUCCCCAGCUACUGGACUGUUAUCUGUAGACAGUGCUGAAAAAUUAAUUGAUGAACAAAUUUCCAUUCACAGCUCCUUUGAAUACAAGGUGAAAAACAUUGCCUGUACCCUCUCUGAGUCAGAGAUCAAUGAAUUGAUCUCCACCCAAAAAGAAGUUGAAGAAGGCUGGAGGACAUCCCUUAUUGCUGGCUUCCAAAGCAGCAUGCAUGUUCUAAAAACUGACAAAUCUAGCUUUCAGUUAACGAGCUUCCUAGAGUCUCUGCCAGCUGAAACCUUUGCAGAUUUAAUUAUACAAGAAAUUCAUAACCGUAUUGAGGACUCUGAUAAACAGUCUGUAGGAUUCAUCUUUGCUCAGGUUGCAUUGGGGCGAAAAGUAAAGGAAAUCUAUGAUAUGGAAGUUAUGAAGAGAUAUGGUGUAUGGAACAAGGCCAAGCAAGCUCAUAUUGAUUAUUGUAAGCAGUAUUUUAAUCCCGAAGGCUAUCCGCCUGGUCCCUCUAAUCCAAGAGAAGUGUGGGACAGUGUAGUAAAAAACAUGCAGUAUAAUGACUCUUGUACAAAUUUCUUGUUGCGGGAGUGGUAUCCAGAACUUUACCUCAAAAUUGGAAAGUUUCUCUAUGACAUUUUGUUGAAAGAUGUCAAAAUUGAUGAAAACAUUAAAGUGAAUGGUUCGAAACCCCACAUGGUGCCAGCCUUGUAUGUAGUUUUCCGCAAAUCAACAAGAGGAUAUCAGAAGCAGCUUAAAAUGCACCCCUCAGUUCAUCAUGUAUUCCCAAACAAGAUGCAGCCUUUCCUGAAAAUGAAUCCUUAUGAGCUGCCAAUGUUAUGUCCUCCAAGGCCCUGGACAAGUGCAACAAAUGGUGUCUAUUCCCUUUCAACUCCACUCUUUCAGAGACAUCCGGAGACACGUAUUGGUGCAGAGGCUUUGGAGGAAAACUAUUUAAGUGUUCCUACUGAGCAGCUUUAUCCUAGUUUGGAUUCUCUCAAUCAGCUUGGAUCAGUGCCUUGGAAGAUAAACAAUCCAGUUCUAGAUGUGAUCUGUGAAGUAUUUCAUUCUGGAGGCUCCGAAAUACUAACUAUUCCAGCCCCACCCUCAGCUGCUAUUCCUGAGCCAUCAAUGCCAGCGAAUACGUCACUUGCUGAACGGAUAAAAAUCACCAAAGAGCGUAACCGUAUCAGGCAGGAUAAUGCUGCUAUGUACAGUCAGUGGUGUGACACACUGUACAAACUUUGCAUAGCUAAUGAUUUUCGAGACCGUGUGUUCUGGCUUCCACAUAACAUGGAUUUUCGAGGACGAGUCUAUCCAGUUUGCCCACAUCUUCAGCAUAUGAGCAAUGACUUGGCUCGUUCUUUGCUUAUUUUUGCGAAAGGUGAAAAACUGGGACCUGAUGGAUUAAAUUGGUUAAAGCUUCACACUAUCAAUUUAGUAGGAGAAAUGAGCAGAGAAUCUUUAGAUGCAAGGUUGGCGUAUGCAAAUGAAGUAAUGCCUAAAAUUCUUGACUCUGCAGAAAGACCUCUGACUGGUGAAAAGUGGUGGAUGAAUUCAGAGUGCCCUUGGCAAACACUGGCAGCUUGCAAGGAAAUUGCUGCUGCCAUUUCAAACGGUGAUCCAGCCAACUUUAUUAGUCAUUUUCCAGUGCACCAAGAUGGCUCAUGCAACGGCUUGCAGCACUACGCUGCCAUGGGUCGAGAUACACUGGGUGCGCAGUCGGUCAACCUCGUGGAUACUGUCAUACCAUCUGAUGUCUAUUCAUGUGUGGCCGAAAGUGUUGAAAAGCAAAGAGCUAGAGAUGCUGCUAAUGGUGACAAGAUGGCGCAGAGCUUAGAAGGAUUUAUCAUCCGAAAAGUUGUCAAACAAACUAUAAUGACAUCAGUCUAUGGUGUAACAAAUUAUGGGGCCCAGUUGCAAAUUGAGGGGCAGCUAAAAGCUUUAAAGUAUCCUCUAGAUGAUGUUCCACCAGCUGCUUUGUAUAUUACAAAAUUGGUUUUCCAAAGCUUAGGGGAAAUGUUCACUACUAGCAGAAAAACUAUGGAGUGGUUGACUAACUGUGCGAAUGGUAUUGUGAAGUCAAAGAAUAUGCCUGUAAAAUGGGUCACCCCCCUAGGUUUGCCUGUUAUUCAGCCAUAUUUUAAAAAGAAUUUUGCCAAAGUAGACUCUUUAAAUUUACCGGAAGGCGAGUGGAUUAAUCCAUCUUUGUACAGGAUACCAGUCCUCAAGAAACAGCGUAAUGCUUUCUCUCCUAAUUUUGUUCACUCUUUGGAUUCCUGCCACAUGAUUCUGACUGGGCUGCAUUGUGAGCAAGUUGGUAUCACAUUUGUUUCUGUCCAUGAUUGCUACUGGGUGCAUGCCAAAAAUGUUACCGAGAUGAGCAAGAUAUGCCGUGAACAGUUUGUAGCUCUUCACUCAGAACCCAUUUUAGAAGAUCUGGCCAAGUUUUUAACUGAGACAUAUUCAAACAAGGAUCACUCUACAGGAGUUGAAGGGGUGGAAGAACGCCGUCUUGAACGCCUGUUUUCUAGUGUGCCACCUAAAGGGAACUUUGACCUGAAUCUAGUGUUGAAUUCCAAGUACUUCUUCAGUUGAAAUGGAAGAUAUGUACUUAUCUUUACCUAGUAACAUAAUUUUGCUGUUAAGCCUGCUUCUAAUCAAGGGGCUGCUAUCAUGUGUGAUAUUUGUCUUAAAGUCACUAUGUGACACUGACCUACCUAUAAUUGUGAUGGGCCAUUGCCCAGUUAAAUGUAGUUUUGUUAUAUGUAGUACAUAUAAAGGAUAUACUGCUAGCACUCUAUUUUAAAAACACGAGCAACUUGAAUGUGAUUUUCCUGCCCCAAAAUAAUUAAAGAGCAGUGAAAUGAGAAA